GCCUGGCAGCCUAUAAAAGCGCUGGAUGAGCGGUCUGCAGCCGCAGUAGCUGACCGAGCUCCACCUGAAGCGAGCCGAGCCUCCCCGACGCAGCGCCCAGCUUUUUCCACACCAAGUCCCUGCAGAAUGGCUCUGAGCACACUGCUGGCCACCUUCCUCUGCACCAUCGUGCUGCCCGUCUUGUUGUUUCUAGUGGCGGUCAAGCUGUGGGAGGUGUAUAUGAUCCGAGGCAGAGACCCGAGCUGCCCCAGCCCGCUGCCGCCUGGAUCCAUGGGCUUACCCUUUAUUGGAGAGACGCUGCAGCUAAUUCUCCAGAGGAGAAAGUUCCUGCGGAUGAAACGGCAGAAGUACGGCUACAUUUACCGCACGCACCUUUUUGGAAACCCCACAGUGCGCGUGACCGGAGCGGAGAACGUCCGGCAGAUUCUCCUGGGUGAACACAGGCUGGUGUCCGUGCAGUGGCCCGCGUCCGUGCGCACUAUCCUGGGCUCGGACACCCUCUCCAACGUGCACGGCGCCCAGCACAAGAGCAAAAAGAAGGCCAUCAUGCGGGCGUUCUCCAGGGAGGCGCUGGAGCUCUACAUCCCGGUCAUCCAGGACGAGGUGCAGGCUGCAGUCAGGGAGUGGCUGAGGAGGGACUCCUGUGUGCUGGUCUACCCAGAGAUGAAGCGCCUGAUGUUCCGCAUAGCCAUGAGGAUCCUGCUGGGCUUCAACCCGGAGCAGAUCAAGACCGACGAGCAGCAGCUGGUGGAGGCGUUCGAAGAGAUGAUCAAGAAUCUGUUUUCCCUUCCCAUCGACGUGCCUUUCAGUGGGCUGUACAGGGGUCUGAAAGCAAGGAACUUCAUUCACUCAAAGAUCGAGGAGAACAUCAAGAAGAAGGUGCAUGACUCUGACAAAGAGUUGAAACACAGAGACGCCCUGCAGCAGCUCAUAGACAGCAGCAAGAAGAACAAGGAGCCCUUCAGCAUGCAGGCCAUAAAGGAAUCUGCUACAGAGCUUUUGUUUGGAGGCCAUGAAACCACUGCCAGCACAGCCACCUCUCUGGUCAUGUUCUUGGGCCUAAAUCCUGACGUAGUGGAUCGUCUGAGGCAGGAACUCAUGGACAAGGAGGAGCAGGGGAUGGACCUACAGAAUCUGGACAUUGGGUCCUUGGAGCAGUUAAAGUACACUGGCUGUGUCAUAAAAGAGACCCUGAGGAUCAACCCCCCUGUCCCUGGAGGAUUUAGAGUGGCCCUCAAGACUUUUGAGCUCAAUGGCUACCAGAUUCCGAAAGGCUGGAAUGUCAUCUACAGCAUCUGUGAUACCCAUGACGUUGCUGAGAUCUUCCCCAACAAGGAAGACUUCCAGCCAGAGCGCUUCAUGAGCAAACCCUCUGCUGACUCUUCUAGAUUUCAGUACAUCCCAUUUGGAGGGGGGUCUAGGAUGUGUGUUGGGAAGGAGUUUGCCAAGGUCCUGCUGAAGAUCUUCCUAGUGGAAGUAGCUAUGCAAUGUAACUGGACUCUUCUAAAUGGGCCGCCCACCAUGAAAACGGGACCUACAGUCUAUCCUGUGGACAAUCUGCCAACCAAGUUCACCAGUUAUGUGCGAAAUUAAAGCAAAAUGAUGAGGAGUUGUUUCCUAAAAGCAGUGUAGUGCUAAGUGCUUGGUUUCCCAAAAGAUGACUUUAGAUAGGAUGCCCUCACUUUUUUUUACUUCAGUUUCAGGGGUGAACUAUAGUCAGAGGCCCUUUUGGGAAGCACCAGUGUGCUCUUAAAAUACAUGACAGACACAGAAGCUGCAUUUACACAUGGACAGAGAAAUGUCUUACAAACAUCUACAAACCUUUUGUGCUUGAGGGAAUGCAGUUAAAUCAGUGUUUUGUUUUGUUUUUUUCAUAACAUGACUUGUACAUAUGAACAGUUGUAGAUGAUUGCGAUAAAACAUAUUACAUUUUAUAUUUUGAUAUGUUAAUACACAGGAUUUGUAUAUAUCCUUCUUUAAAAAGAUAAACAAGCAAAACGAGAGGCACUAUACACGGACAUGGAACACUUUGUAUCUAAGGUAUGGAUGUACAUUUGUAGAGUCUGUUAAUAUAGCUUUUGUAUCUUACCCCAACUUAUUUAAGUGACAUAUGAUAUAUUGUGUGGGCCUUUUUAUUUAAUAAAAAUCUUUUUGUGGCGA